ACCUUCUCUCCUCCAAUCCAGACAAAAGAAGGAGAAAGGCGAGGAAGAACCAUAUCGCAGCACCUUGGACACGGCUUCCAGCACAUACACAUACACACACUUCCGAACCUUCGCACCUUUAUUGUCCAACAUAACCCGGUGAAUUCGAACCGCUGAAAGCCGUGUUCCAAUGAUGUCAUACCUGUGGAUCCUGCUGUUCUCUGGAGCCUUGUUGUCUGGACGUGCGAACACACAAGAUGACGUGGCCCCAACGGAGGAUGCUCCCGUCCAUUCAACCUUGCUGCCUGAAAUUGUCGAGAAUUUAGACUUGCAUGCUGAAGCUGGAAUAGAGAAAAUAGUGCCAGUAAGUGAACCUGAGCCAACUGAUGCUGGAGCCCAUGAACACGUGACUCCACCUGAAGGAAAAGUACAACCAGACGCGCCGUCAGAGACAGAACCAGAACCUGAUCAAUCACAACCAGAGGCUACUGCAGACAAAGAACCAGAGGCUACUAUCGAAGGAGAAGCAGAAACAGCUCCAAAAGGAGAAGAAGAGUCUAUAGCCGAACCAGAACCAGAGGCUGAAGCAGAACCGGAACCAGAGGAUGCAGCAGAACCAGAAGCUGCACCAGAACCAGAGGCUGCAGCAGGACCAGCAGCAGAACCAGAGGCUGCAGCAGAACCAGAACCAGAUGCUGCAGCAGGACCAGCACCAGAACCAACAGCUGCAGCAGAGCCAGCAGCAGCAGCAGAACCAGAAGCAGAGGAUGCAGCAGACCCAGAACCAGAGGCUCCAGCAGAACCAGAACCAGAUGCUACUGCAGAACGCGAAGCAGAAUCAGAGGUUGCUGAGUCGGAAGCAGCGUCAUCAACGCAAGGUCCCGCGGCCGGUCCUGAACAUCCAGAAUCUGCGCAAGACAUUCCCGAUGUGGAUGAAGAACCGAGCACCAGCACUGCUGAUGUAUCGCAUGCCCACGAAGAGCACGGCUCUGAAGAUGAAGGCACAGCAGGAGCAGAUGCAGCUGUGCCACAUGACCAGUCGGCUCAUGAAGGCGUGGAGGUGGACGUCGGCACAGAAAUAAAAGCCCAGGUCCCUUCAGAUGGAGGCUUUAACUUGGAAGAUGCUCUGUCACGAGGCAACGCGCAGGACACGCCAGCCCAUUCCGGGAGGAGCAAGAAUGCGGGAUCAGUGGCGCAUGCUGCUGAAGCCACGGGAGGAGAAAUCGACACUGAAGAAUCCGGCUCGGGCUCCUUGGCAGCAAUUUUGUGUGCAGUGGGUGUGGCCUUUGUGGGUGCAGGCACCGCAUAUUAUACCUACCAGAAGAAGAAACUCUGCUUCAAGAAUUUACACGAAGAAGACCCUGAGGCUGCUCGCAAAGCCGACGCAGGCGAGGCCCAGUCGGACCCUCAAGUCCUUAGCAACUUGCUGAACUCCUCGUAGAGCAGAGUUGAUCAUGUGACUCGACCUGGACCAACCACAGUCACGCAAAGUGGCAAGCUCACUGUUGGGCUUUAUCCACUGUGGAGCUGCAUUUCUGUGAGGCCUCCUGUUGGUGGCUAUGUGUGUGUGCGUGUGUGUGUGUGUGUUUCAAAAAGAUGAACUAAAAGUGUGUACGUGUGUGUGUAUUCAUUAGGACAUGAUGUGGGUAAAAGCAACAAAGCAACUUCAUUUGCAUCGACAAUUGGCCAGACAUUUUGUUUGUCCAAGUUUUUCCAAAUACUUUUGAUCAUUUUAAUGAGGCACGUCCAUCCAUUUAUAGGAAUUGGAAAAAAAACAGAGUGAUGUGCUUUUAUUGUCAGUUCCAUUAUUGUAUGUUGACAGGGUUUAAAUAUUUCAAACCAGCCACAAUCUUGACGACGUAAUAAUUGAUAAUGACCUAAUAAUGCUGUUAGCUACCUUUGAAAAACGAUGUCAACAAAAAAAAAUACAUGUUAAGCAGUGGACACACAUCUUCACCGAUUUUUAUUAUGACACACAUGAUAAGUUAAAAAAAUAAAAAUAAAAUCGGCGCGUGUGAAAUUCCUGCCCCACACAAAGAUUUACAGACGGAGUGGAAAAAAAAUAACUUGUGACAACACGCCGCAGGGUGUACACUCAAUUUUUCACAGACAUCCCACAAUCAGUCCUUUUGCUCACAUUGUUCAAAAGGGAAGAAAAAUGCUCAGAUUCGACCCGAUUAUCGAUACAUGUGUGUGCAGAGCGAUUCAAGUAGUCAGUGCAUGGAAAACAGGAAGUUCUGAUGCAAUCGUUGCUCUAUUGUGGCAAAAGUAGUUGAGAGUUGAUCCAUUAAAUCAGGAAAUAUGUCAUGUAUUGCCUAAACAUUGAGAUAUACUGUACAUAAACUAAUGAUAAUGAACAAAAAAAAAAGAUUCAUUGAUUUAACAGCAGACAGUCCCGUACGUGAUUCCCUUAGCUUUAAAACACAGCAUCUCUAUCAAAAUUUGAUUUUUAUCGGGGGAACUUGGUGAAACUGACUUGCAACUCUUUUUAGCUAAGUUUGGGAACCCUGCUGCGAUGAGCAAAAAGUAUAAGCACUGCUGUGGGUUCCAAACAAGACAUUUUGAACUUGGAAGACUUUGGCAAAGGCCCCUUUUCUGUUCCAGGAGGCAUGAUUGGUUGAUGUUUUUGGACUGAUAGACAAUAGCACCACCCUAUAGAGAAGACACUGUUAUAACUGCAACAUUUCCAGUUUGUAGUUUGGUGUCUCGAUACUUUUGCUCAUUUUGGUGUAUUUUAAGACGUAACAAAAAAAAAACUCCUGAUAGCGUUUUAGUGGCUUAGGUCAUGUGUCACUGUGAGUUUUGUACUUUGAUGUUGUCAGUCUGGUUUCUCUAGAGUGCCUUUCACCGUCCCAAUCUGGCUUGCCCCGUGUACAGACGCACUGAAUGUCCACUCUUGAACAAGACGUUCACUUUAAAAGCCCGAAGAACACUCAGACGCACUCUAAAGCGACAACUGAAGCGAUUCACCUGCACGGUUGAAUUCCGGUACAGUCAGUCUUUCCAGUCGAACCGGGAAACUCCUCAGCGGAGAAGGCCCGGCAGCUUGAGAAACAUCAUUUGCUUUAAUGCGGACUCUUUCGAUUUCACUGAGCUGACUACUUUUUGUCUGCUCAGAAUGGAGCACAUCGCAUUUCGCCUUUAUUUAUCGUCAAAUUUGAGUCUGAGCAUAACAUUCAAUGACUAAAACCCAUUUUUCUUCAGCUAUGGGAGUGAAAAAUGUGAUAUCUUCAUUAAGUAAUAAUUACAUGCUGUAUUCAACCCCCCCCCCCCAUUUUGUUUGUAAAACCAGUACAUUUGAAAGUUGCCUGAAAACAAUAAUUAGCAUAUUGAUUUAGCGUAACUGUUGCAUGAACCUAACUGUACAUUGUGGGGUGGUAUUGUUUGAUCAAGCAAUGUGUGUAAUGUGUGACAAUGAUUAGUUAGAAUGUAAAGUCUGAUUGUUUUUUAUUUAUUUUUUUAAGUCCCCUGGCCACCUGGAGAUAACCUUAACUCCAACAUAAUGUUUGGGAAAAGGGUGGGCAGAUUUUCCCACCGCUAAAAAAUUGGUUCAUUGAAAAAUGAGCUGAAAGGCAAUCAUUUAUUUCAUUAAAUAAUUGGUUGACUGAAAUGACAUUUGGCAUAGUUCCUAUUUUAUUUUAAAUUCAAAAUUAUUUAAUUGGAAUGAAACUCAGAAAAAAUCAGAAUUGCAAACCCAAUUCCGCUGGACGUCGGCGCAUUGCGUUCAACAUAAAUAAAAACAGAAUGCAAUGAUGUGCAAAUCACGUGCAGCCUAUAUUUAAUUGAAUACGCUGCAAAGGCGAGACACUAAACCACAGGGUAAUUCAGGAAACAAAAAAAUCUAAUCGAUACAAAUCCAAUUCGUUUAUCAGCUUGAUCAUUAACUACGAUGUGGGUUAGUGUCUCUCCUGCAAAUGUUAUAAAAUCUCUGCCUAAGCUCAUGCAAGUGCACCCCAUGUUGUGGACUGUGAGCGCAUUGUAGUGUCUACUCCCGAUGACCCAUCAAUGUGUGCCUCUUUAUUCCGUUCAAGCCAGCUGUCUUUUUCUGCCAUUAUCACCAUUUUUUUCAUAUUCAAAUCCUAUCCAUUGUCUAUUGUGAGGUGCCUCAAGACUGAUUGUUUUUGACUAGCGUGUGGUAUCUUUAGUGCUUGUUGUUGUGGCAAAUUGCUUAAAUAUGAGGGGCUGCGUGGAUAACGAUCGAGUUAUUACUGUAGCACAAACAGCUAACAUCUGAAUGUCUUUUUUUCUGUUGCCUUAUGGUUGCUGUGUUCCCUUUAAACCUUGCUUGCUGCUCAAACGGUCAAAUAGGGUGUUGUGGGGAAAAGUGCCACACGGCUGCAAUACUGUACACGACAGAGGCUGUUACAAACAGUCUGGCCGACAUUACUUGUGACAUCGAAUGUUAAUUAUUUACAGUGAAUGAGCUUGACUUUGCAAAAUGCCCGGUCAAAGAUCCUUUUUUAAAAAAAUGCCUUGAUUAAAAUUGCAAUAAAAAGGGAUGGGCUAAUUUGAGCAUUUUUCCGUAAUAUGCCAUCAGGAAUAUUUAAAUGAUCAAUUAAUCAUCCGCUUAUUUUAUUGAGAUCCUAUUCAAAAUGACUAGGCGCAAGGACAAUUAACCAAUGGGAGUCUCUAAGACAGAAGGUGUGACUGAGGGGUCAUUUUGCUGUGCAAAGAGCAAAUUUCGGAGAAAGAGAAAGUGACCUUCGUUUUUAUUUGAUUGGACAUUCUAAAACAAAUACGGCAUCAAACCGGUAUUUCGUGUUUUGCAACCAAAUGCACAUGUAUAGCAGCCGCGCCGAAGAGCCACUUUCUUACAUUGCACGUUACAUACAGGGUAUGAGGACAUGGGAUCAGAGAACCCAGAGGUGGAGGGAAGAGUAACUUUAGUUAAGGCUAUGUUCAGAUGCUACGUCACGAUUAAUUGGCAAUUCCUAAUGAUGCACAAAUCGAUUAUCAUGCCCAUCCCUAAUUGCCACUGUAUCUUAAAACAAAAGUAUGCCCAAAAAGUCCUACUUUCAAGCUGUCACCCUAGAAUGUAAGCACAUCGGCUUGACUUUGUUACGUCAUCAGUGGACCGGCCCUGCCUUAUCAGCACAUCUGAGAAACAACAAGGUUCUGAACAUAAAUCUCCGAUUUGCUUUAAAAAUAUUGAGACAUAUCAUUUUUUUCUAUGAUUAGUCAGUUUUUUAAAUGUAGCAACUGUAUACAUGUUUGUCAUCAAGCACUUGUGGUGUAAAUAAUGUUGGAGGUGAAUAAAACAAGCAGUUUCGGUGGGA